GACCUUGUUGGCUCAUAUUUGAAUCGAUGUGACGUUUAUUAUCAAGGUGAUUCAGUGUUUUCCACUAUUUCUGGCAUCGUAAAGCUGAGCCAUUCAGAGUUGUGAACAUCUGGAACUAUAUUCUAUUCAAUUUGCUUUGGGUAUCUCGAUCUGGAGACAAGUAAAUUUUUGUAACUCAGCCAAAAAAAAAAAGAUUGUUGGUCUAUGUAGUUGAAACCAUAUAGAUUUCUCUAUAUCUGAACGCGAGGGAUUUCUCCCAAAGGAAGUCCACGCUUCAUUUCGAUGACUCGGACGCGACGAACGACAAGAUCCAAAGGUAUAAUAUAACAGAUUCCAGCCAAGCUACGAACAUCUAUCAGAUCUUCAUUUGCCUCAAAAAAGACAGCUUCUUUCUUUAUGAUUAGCUUGUAAGCCCAGCUAAUGUACCGCUAAACAGCCAUCCAGAGUGAAUCAAGAAUCACACAGAAACAAGAGACAAUAACGAAAUAUCAAAAGAAAAAAGGAUAGCAUCAUGAACAACAGCUUUGCCCAAGGCUCUAACGGUACGACAUCUUCCCAAGGGUUGACAAGAGCUGCGAUCAACGGUUUGACGUCAGCAUACGUCAUCUCAUUCCUGAUUGGCUGCACAGGCAACGCUUUAGGUCUUGUGGUGGUGUAUCGCAGGCGCAGCUUCAAGAGCACCAUGAAUCUACUGAUCAUGAACAUGUGCUUCGCCGAUCUGUUGGCUAUGCUGAUUAUCACACCUCUCUCGUUGGGGUACCUACAUCGUAAAGGACUUUGGAUAGGGGGCUUGAUAGGCGAGAUAACAUGCAGGUUAUCACAAUAUGCUUUUCUUGUGACCAUCGCCGCUUCUAUUCUCACCAUACUAUUCAUAUCCUGUGGUAGGUUUUUUGCUAUUUGCUACCCGUUUAAGCGUAAGCUACUGCAAAGGCCUCGAGUCGUCACAGCCUGGAUAUGGGCAUUGUCCUUCCUAAUCAUGUCCCCUUAUGUCGCAUUGUACCAGGUCCGCUAUAUAAACGGUGGGUGGGUCUGUACCAUGUAUUUUGGACAUGAGGCAAUGCCUAAGUUCAUGAAGAUUCAUUACACGCUGCUUUUCGUCAUUCUGUAUGUUUUUCCCGUGGUUUUAGUCGCCUGGCUCAACUCCAUUAUCGUUUUUACGCUCGCUCGUGGCCACAUCCCGGGAGAGGCAAACGGAACGUCGCGGGAAGCAGCAAUGCGCUUCAGGUACAGAGCUGUCAAAAUGCUCAUCUCGCUCUUAGCUGUGUUUGCAGUUUGUUGGUUUCCCACUCACUUGAUGCAUUACUUCAUUAUCAAGAGGCGUGAUAUCCUUCGUCGUCUCCCCAAAUGGUUCCCGUUCUUUGCCUUCUGGAUGGGUCACUUGAACAGCGCGCUUAACCCCAUCAUUUAUGUCCUGUUGAGCGAUAAUUUUCGUCGGGAUUUCAGAAAGUUGUUUUUACGCUCCAAGCGCGUCAAGACCUCGGUCAAAGCCACAAACUCGUUYAUGAUGUCAUCGCGCGAAAGAUCGGGUAGUGGCCUGGGUCGGUURUCACGUCGGUUAAGCGAGACCCUAAGUCUUAAGCCCAGAAACCCUUCGUUUCGACAYAUAAAUCCCCUUGCUUGCAUAUCUUCUGACAACAAGUCUUCACAAARCCAAUUGACACCCAGUGCGGCCUGUAAAGAAUGAAACCUGCAAGGCUUCAGCACGAGUYGGGUUGAGGCGGUCGUUCAAAAACGAAAGAAGAACCUUUUCAAAGGCAAUUUUGCUCUUCGUCUAAAAGAAACUAAGACGUUUAAGACUUAGACAGCCGUGCGCACCAGUACCUCGUGUAAAAUAUCGCGCAUGUGCUAUGUAGCUCGGUGUCUAGAAAAAUCCCUUGAACGUUCAGUCUCUCAGUACCAGAGCUCCUCGGUAUGGUUCCUUUUCGGGGGAGGGACGAUACCGAGGAGCUCUUGGUAAGAGACUGUYGACCGUUUUGAAAUUAUUUCCAGUCUUUUGCAUUGAUGUGACUAUAAUUACCAUGGAUGUAUAUUUUCCAAUAAUAGCUUGAGGUCUCAGCWCCUAUGCUUUAUCGUUUUGAACACGACCGACUUGCAGUGUUUUGACGAGUUAUUUCAAUUAAGGUUGUAAGAGCGAAUGGAGAUACAGUAUACACCGAAUCGAAAUAUGGCGACUAGCCUCUCAUACAUGUGAAAAAACCGUUAUGUUUCCACGUGAACAUGAGGCUAUCAUUGGUCGCCAUUGGUUUAUCUUUUACUUUAGUUUUGUCUCUGUUUUCACGAUUGCUAUUAGAGACAAGUGUAAAUAGCGUUUAAAGCUCAAUGAUUUCUGUUGGUUCGCUUUAGWUCAGGAUUUCUUGAAUACAGUAUAUGUUGAAUGUAUUUCGCCUAAAGCAAAGUAGAGGCGAAAAGCAAACACAAUCAUAUUGUUGAUUUUGAUUGAGCCGUGAGCAAACAAGCUUUUUUAGACACGUAUAUAAUAAUCACAAAGUUCUGUAGUACUGAAAUUUUUUGGGGAUUAAAUAUAUACCGCAAGCUUGAGAAUUCAGCCAAUCAAAAUGCAGGAAAGCCGUUUUAUAUUCGCGCGGUAUUCCACUGUUUCUUCCCAUCUGGCAUUGCGCYCUAGAUACUUUAAAUGGGUGGAAUAAAGUAGUGAGCAUGUAAGCCAUUUCGAGAUUGAGGGAAAAUCUCGGUCGACUUUGCAAUGCAGUGUAUUUUGGAACUGUCUUAUGGGACGAAAUAGRCGCAAAAUAAGUCUCAUAAAACAGUCCCACAAUGCAUUGCAAUGCUAAWUCAACCCAGUUUCUUUUCAUCAACCUCGGAAUGGAUAAUUGCAAUAAGUUAUUUGCACAAAGGUARAAUAAACUUGAUUCAAAUGAGGCCUUGAGCUACUGUGUGUUGUAAUUCAUCUCGGAAAAAUUUGAAUCAAGUUUUAAUUUUACCUACCGAUGCUCGGCUACUGAUUAGAGACUUAGCUGUUUAUGUGUAUUUGUACAAAAUAUAAUAUGAAAGCCUGUAGUAGGUAGAGGCAUAGUUUAUGAAGGAAGACUUGUCCAGGUCGUAAUCUUGGUGUCCUUAAUAAAACUUUACAAGUUUA